AAUAUACAUCUAGUUAACAGCUCAAAGUGAUUCAUUGUGAACUUCUGAUAUCAGUGUUUAGAAAAAUAACGUCAUGUUUACCGGAAGUGAACUUUAAAAUAAUUUUUUCAAAGUUUUACUUUGGACAUCACUAAUGAAUUCUGCGUGCUUUGUUUUCCUGAUUAACUACAUUUAGAGUGCAGAGGUAUCUUUUGUAACAAUGCUCUGUCGUAAUUAAACAGUACGCUUUUAUUUCUGAAAAGAAUCUGUGCCUUUCUUCUAAAAUACAGCAAACAUGAGUCGAUUUUUUUUUUUUUUUCUUUACUGGGUUUGUAAUUGCAUCAGUGUCCAAAGGGAUGGAGGACUUUUGUUCAAUGCUUUGCUCAUUUCAAAGGUUGUAGAGCCCUGUUUUUCACUUGCUGGAGUGUAUGUCUGCUCUCCUGGCUGUAGCAGAGAAGCUGGACUCUGAAAAAGAUCUUUGCUGGGCUAUCAAAAGCAUGGAGCACAACUACUGCAUCCUGGGAGAGGAGUGUGCUGUGGGUUGUUAGAAUGCUGAGAUCCAUAAUUCAAAAUGCACAAGGUUAAGAGAGUUGUUAGAGUGGAGAGGGCAGCUAAGGUCUGUGAUUGUUCUCUUCUUUCCUGCUAUGUGUUUCGAAGGUCUUUGGUCUUUGUCAUGUUCUGUGCAAAAUGUAAUGCUGUUGGUAUUUAUCUAGUUUAAUGGAUUGGAACUUUUGGAGUAUGUGAAGAAGUUCCUGGAGUAUGGCUGUGGCUUCUGAAGGGUCUGAUCUAGUAGCAAGUUGUAGCUGAAAAAGAGUUAGUUGAAUUGUAAUGUGUGUAUGUUUCUAUACAGUGAUACUUCAGAAGUAAAAUCUAUGGGUACAAACUACUUUUUUGUGUGUGUGCAUUAAACUAUAAAAUUUAACUUUGUAUUUGUAAUUGCUGGAAACUUGCACCCAAGCAGUUGCACAGACUUGGAAUUCAUCCCCUGAAGUUCCACAUGUAGUGAUGUCAUAGGCAGUAUUUGCCUGCGUGCACUUCGUAGGGCCUUAAGCUGCUGAUGGGACGUGAAGUUUGAGAAUUGCUGUUUAGGCUUCAUCAUCCAAGACAUUUUGUGAAUGAUAUGUUUUGGAGUUGCAGACAAAGUACCCUUGCUGAAAUGAAGAAGAAAUUUUCACAGGUGGAAAGUGCUGCUGAGGAGCCCAGAGUGCUGUGUAUAAUACAAGAUACCACAAAUUCGAAGACAGUGAAUGAACGCGUUACCUUGAAUGUGCCAGCUUCCACACCACUUAAAAAGCUGUUUGAAGACGUUGCUUCAAAAGUGGGAUAUGUGAAUGGAACCUUUGAUUUAGUGUGGGGAAAUGGAGACAAUGUAACUGAUAUGACUCCAAUAGAUCAGAACAGUGACAAAAGUAUUCUUGAUGCUGGUUUUGAGCCAGGGAAGAAGAACUUUCUGCAUUUGACAGAUAAAGAUGGUGAGCAACCUCAUAUAAUGCAGGAGGAGUCAGGUGCAACAGAAGACAGUGCCCAGGACAGAUUUAUAGGUCCUCUUCCAAGAGAAGGCUCUAUUAGCUGUACCAGUGACUAUGUCAGUCAAAGCUACUCUUACUCUUCAGUCCUGAGCAAGUCGGAGACAGGUUACGUGGGUCUGGUAAACCAAGCAAUGACUUGCUAUCUGAACAGCCUUUUACAAACACUUUUCAUGACUCCUGAAUUUAGAAAUGCAUUAUAUAAAUGGGAAUUUGAGGAAUCUGAAGAGGAUCCUGUGACAAGUAUCCCCUACCAGCUUCAAAGGCUGUUUGUUUUACUGCAGACCAGCAAGAAAAGAGCAAUUGAAACAACAGAUGUUACACGGAGUUUUGGAUGGGAUAGUAGUGAGGCAUGGCAGCAACAUGACGUACAGGAGCUUUGUAGAGUUAUGUUUGAUGCUCUGGAGCAAAAAUGGAAGCAAACAGAACAGGCCGAUCUUAUAAAUCAGCUGUAUCAAGGCAAACUGAAAGACUAUGUACGAUGUCUAGAAUGUGGCUAUGAAGGCUGGAGAAUCGACACAUACCUGGAUAUUCCUUUGGUCAUCCGUCCAUAUGGCUCCAACCAGGCAUUUGCUAGCGUGGAAGAAGCAUUGCAUGCUUUCAUUCAGCCUGAGAUUCUUGAUGGCCCCAAUCAAUAUUUUUGUGAGCGAUGUAAGAAGAAAUGUGAUGCAAGGAAGGGCCUGCGGUUCUUGCAUUUUCCGUAUCUGUUGACGUUACAACUGAAGAGAUUUGACUUUGAUUAUACCACUAUGCACAGAAUUAAACUGAACGAUCGUAUGACUUUUCCUGAGGAGUUAGACAUGAGUAUCUUCAUUGAUGUUGAAGAUGAGAAGUCUCCUCAGACUGAGAGUUGCACUGAUAGUGGAGCAGAAAAUGAAGGCAGUUGUCACAGUGACCAGAUGAGCAAUGAUUUUUCUAAUGAUGAUGGAGUUGAUGAAGGAAUCUGCCUCGAAAGCAACAGCGCAGCAGAAAGAAUUGCUAAAGUUGGCAGUGAAAAAAAUUCUUUACUGUAUGAACUCUUCUCUGUUAUGGUCCAUUCUGGAAGUGCUGCUGGUGGCCAUUACUAUGCCUGUAUAAAGUCUUUUAGUGAUGACCAGUGGUACAGCUUUAAUGAUCAACAUGUUAGCAAGAUAACUCAGGAUGAUAUUAAGAAAACAUAUGGUGGGUCUUCUGGAAGCAGAGGCUAUUAUUCCAGUGCUUUUGCUAGCUCCACAAAUGCAUAUAUGCUAAUAUAUAGACUGAAGGAUCCAGCAAGGAAUGCAAAGUUUCUUGAGUCACACGAGUAUCCUGACCAUAUUAAGCAAUUGGUACAGAAAGAGAGAGAACUGGAAGAGCAAGAAAAGAGGCAACGGGAGAUUGAGCGCAACACUUGCAAGAUUAAAUUGUUCUGUAUGCAUCCAACAAAACAGAUAAUGAUGGAGAAUAAAUUAGAAGUUCAUAAGGAUAGAACGCUGAAGGAGGCUGUGGGAAUAGCUUACAAGCUGAUGGAUUUAGAAGAGGCUGUCCCUUUAGAUUGCUGUCGUCUUGUCAAAUACGAUGAGUUCCAUGACUACUUGGAACGAUCUUACGAAGGAGAAGAGGAUACACCAAUGGGUUUAUUACUUGGAGGUGUCAAAUCAACGUACAUGUUUGACUUACUGUUGGAAACAAGAAGACCUGACCAAAUUUUCCAGUGCUAUAAGCCUGGUGAGGUCAUGGUAAAAGUUCACGUAGUUGACCUGAAGACUGAAUCUGUUGCUCCUCCAAUAAGUGUACGAGCUUAUUUGAAUCAGACAGUUUCAGAAUUCAAACAGCUAAUUUCAAAGGCUACGCAUCUGCCCGCGGAAACAAUGCGGGUAGUGUUAGAACGUUGCUACAAUGAUUUGCGUCUUCUGAAUGUUUCCAGCAAAACACUGAAAGCUGAAGGCUUUUUUAGAAGCAAUAAGGUAUUUAUUGAAAGCUCAGAAUCUUUAGAUCGUCAUGUGACAUAUACAGAUUCUCACUUAUGGAAACUUCUGGAUCGUCAUGCAAAUACAAUCAGACUGUAUGUCUCGUUACCAGAGAAGUCACCUGGAUCUCAGUUUAGACAAUCUGUUUAUCAGAAGGCUAGUGGAGAUUUGGGCAACUUGGAUGAAGCCUGUGAGAGGGUAAAAGGACCUGCAGGCAACAUGAAAUCUGUUGAGGCAAUUCUGGAAGAAAGCACUGAGAAGCUUAAAAGCUUGUCCCUGCAGCAGCAGCAACAGGAGGGUGAUAAUGGAGACAGCAGCAAAAGCACAGAAGCCAGCGAUUUUGAAAAUAUCGAAUCCCCUUCAAAUGAAAUAGACUCUUCAGCAUCAGUAGAAAACAGAGAACUUGAAAACCAAAUUCAGAUUUCUGAUCCAGAGAAUCUCCAAUCUGAGGAACGGUCAGAUUCAGAUGUAAAUAAUGACAGGAGUACGAGUUCGGUGGACAGUGAUAUCCUCAGUUCUAGUCAUAGCAGUGAUACUCUAUGCAAUGUGGACAAUGCCCCGAUUCCCUUGGCUAAUGGACUUGAUUCUCAUAGUAUCACAAGUAGUAGGCGAUCAAAAGCAAAUCAGGGGAAGAAAGAAACCUGGGACACGGCAGAAGAAGAUUCUGGAACAGACAGCGAAUAUGAUGAAAGCGGCAAGAGUAGAGGAGAAACACAAUAUGUGUACUUCAAGUCAGAACCCUACACUGCAGAUGAAGGUUCAGGAGAAGGGCAGAAAUGGUUGAUGGUGCAUGUUGAUAAAAGAAUUACGUUGUCUGCCUUCAAGCAACAGUUGGAGCCUUUUGUUGGAGUUCCAUCCUCUCACUUUAAAGUCUUUAGAGUCUACGCAAGCAACCAAGAGUUUGAGAGUGUUCGGCUCAAUGAGACACUUUCAUCAUUUUCUGAUGACAACAAGAUAACUAUUAGACUUGGAAGAGCCCUUAAGAAGGGUGAAUACAGAGUCAAAGUCUAUCAGCUUUUGGUAAAUGAACCAGAGCCAUGCAAGUUUCUUCUAGAUGCAGUUUUUGCUAAGGGAAUGACCGUCCGACAGUCCAAAGAGGAGCUACUCCCUCAGCUUCGAGAACAGUGUGGCCUGGACUUAACAAUUGACAGGUUUCGUCUACGGAAGAAAACCUGGAAGAACCCAGGGACCGUGUUUCUGGAUUAUCAUAUCUAUGAAGAAGAUAUCAAUAUUUCAAGCAAUUGGGAGGUUUUCCUAGAAAUACUUGAUGGAAUAGAAAAGAUGAAAUCCAUGUCACAACUUGCAGUUUUAUCAAGACGAUGGAGGCCAUCAGAGAUGAAGCUAGAUUCUUUCCAGGAAGUAGUGUUAGAAAGCAGUGGCGUUGAGGAAUUAAAAGAAAAGCUGAGUGAAUUAAGCGGAAUACCCUUAGAAAAUAUUGAGUUUGCAAAGGGCAGAGGAACAUUUCCAUGUGACAUCUCUGUCCUAGAGAUUCACCAAGACUUGGACUGGAAUCCUAAAGUAUCUACGUUGAAUGUCUGGCCUCUGUACAUUUGUGAUGACGGCGCAGUAAUAUUUUAUAGGGAUAAAACCGAAGAAUUAAUGGAAUUAACAGAUGAACAGAGAAACGAACUGAUGAAAAAAGAAAGCAGCAGACUCCAGAAAACUGGACACCGGGUAACCUACUCUCCUCGUAAAGAGAAAGCACUAAAAAUUUAUCUGGAUGGAGCACCAAAUAAAGAUUUGACUCAAGACUGAUAUUUGCUAUAGCAUUUUCCCUGGGGAAUUUUUUUUGUUUAAAAUAAGAAGGUUCACUACUACUGUGUAGUGCCAUUACGGCAGGACGCUCAUUAGGUGUAAAGCGCUGACACCAGCACUGAUUGGGCUGUGCUACCAAUCAGCAGCACAGUGCCCUGUUGGGUCGCUGUUUGACUUGGAAUCAUGUUGUGCACUAUAGUCAAAUGUACUGUAAAGCUAAAAGGGAUGUGCAAAUAAAAGAUUAGAACUAAAAAAUGGGUGGGGAGGGAAAUGAGUGGAAAUUUUUGAGGACAGUGUGCACAUAGUAGCUAGUGAAACUAGCCUCAAACAGGAUACUCAUAGCUUAAUAAUAAAAGCUGUGCAAAGGCCAUGAAAGAAUCCUUUUUUGUUUGUUUCACUGAUACACACAUUACCUCAUCAGAGAGUCUGAAGCAUAUGUUAACACCUCGGUUCUAAAAAGCAGCAGAAGGGGUUGAAGAUGUGAUGAAAGUGCUGCAGUUGUAAGGUCUGAGAAUAUUCUUCCACAAUACAGGUGGUCUUAGAGGUUUGUCUGAAGCGGCCAGCAGGUGUUGGUUCUUUUUGCAGAAGCGCUGUUGUAAGGUAAACUGGUUUUUAGCAGGUUACGGAAGCUGGGUGAGCAGCUCUAUGAUAUUUCAUCCAAUGUGUAAAUAAAAUUUGCCCUGUCCAUUUAACAGAACUGCAGUUCAGCUAUUUUCCAUGGUAUUUCUUUUCACAUAUCAGCAUCCAUUGAGUUUGAAAGUGUAGUUGCCUAUUUAAAUUUGUAUUCAUUUUGUUUGACAGUGCUGGGUACUUUAGGGUUGUAUUUCCCCUUGUUAAUUAAGCUUUCGUUCUGUUUAGCUACUUUUUUGUACAUUUUGUUUUUGAGACUAUUACAAGUUUGCGUCUUCUCCACCCAUUGAAAUUCAUUUUAUGUUUGCCUGGAUUUGAUUCCAUAGCUAUAUGUAGUUAAGUACUUGGGCAACCUUUAACACCUCAACAUAUAAACUUGGUAGUUCAGGUUGUGGUGCAGAGACUGAUGCAGUCAACGUGAUUUCCUUGCAAAGCCUAGGAACAGCAAUUUUUUUGCUUUGGUCCAUAAAGAUCAAUAGAGAACAAUUCUCCUUAGUUUUCAGAAAGCCACCUAAUUUAUAACAAUCAAACGACUUUGGUAAACUUUUUCAUGCCAGAUGCUGUUUACAACAAUGAACAUGCCAAUAAAACAUUUGUUCAUUCUGUUGUGUUUUAUUCAUUAAAUGCUGUGGGUUUUAUUUGAAGAAUGUCAAAUUACUUCAUGGAAAUGUGCUUUCCCAAGGCAAUGUCAGAAUUGUAAGCCUGUUUGUAUAUGUGUAUAUAUUCAUACACACUCCGUACCCAGUAUUAUGGGAAGCAUUUUGUAGCCUGUCUGCUGUUCCUCCAGGCUUGUUUUCACACUGCAUUUUUAAGUUUCCUUUCCAGAAAUGAAUUCCUUCCCAGUGAAAUUGUUAGGCUCCAAAUAUGGCUGGCAGCUAAAUUUUGCUGCAGAGAGGAAAAAGAAGUCUGAAGAACUGAACAUUCAGUUUUCUGAUUGCUGAGACACAGCAACAUAAAGAGCCUGAGGAAUCUAGCAGCUUGAGAGCCAGGCAUUGCAUGGAGGAGGAAUUCCCUCGUUCUUCCUUUUCUGUUUGACCUGUACCUCAUCUCUGAUGCAAAUGAGUGAGAAGCAGAGGAAGCGUAGAGUGCACAUCAUCCCAUAGGUAGAGUAGCUUCAUUAAACUUCCAUUUAUGUAUGUGUAUAGACUGCCCAAGCAUCCUGAGUUGUUGGAAGAGGGAGAAGUAUGGCUAAGAAAAGAAUUCCAAAAACUGCUUUCUUAGUCCUUAGCCUCAUUUGGGAAGCUUCAGUUGAACACAUGUCUUUGAAGUUUAUUGUAAACCCGUAAAUCUUGAUAAAAGUCUCAAUGAGGAUGCCCCUCGGUACUCCAUAACUUCCUGUUCAGUGGUUCUGGAUUGUUUGGGGAGACUUCUCAGCAUUUGCUUUACAUUCUGAUCAUUUUGAGUUUGACUGCAUUUUAAAGAAACAAAAGACCCUUGAAAAACCCCUGAGUUUCUAAUUAAAUUAGUUAUACAGAGAUUUGAUUAAUAGCAAUGCAUAUUAUUAGGGACUGGGGCAUUGGGAAAGUUGAAGGGAGAAUUAUGUCUUCCCUCCUCCAAUUUUAGUUGGGACAGAGAGGAAAGGUAAAUGUGAACCAUGUCAGGGAGUAGAUGUGUGUAUAUGAGUUGGUGUGAGAGUUGGUGGUGGAAGAGAGUCCAUAAAGUAAAAGGCUUUUCUGAUUAAAUAUCCUUUUUGUUCCUAGUGAAAACAAUUCACGUUGAUUCCAACACCCAAGGAAUUUGUUGAAAGUCUUUUAUAGACCAGAAGUGGUGAGAGUCUUGAAGGCUAGCAGUGCUAUCAGCAACUGCUCAUUAAUUUAUUGGUACUUGCUGUUCAGAUUAGCCAUAAGCAGCAGGGGAUGCUAUUGGGAAGAAACUCUGAGAAUACGUGGCUGGAGCUUUGUGACAUCUUUCAGCAUGUCCAAUAAUAGAUGGUAAAAUCAAUACUCCUAAAAAUCAUUAACGGUGGAGGAACCAUUGUAGCAAACAGUUGAGAUGGCUGAGUCAGUGAAAUAGAUCAGAUUUUACUUGAGCUUGAUAUUGAUUUCUUAAAUCAACAGUGUUAAAUUGGUAAUGCUGAUAUUCACGUUUUAUAACACAGAUUAAUGCCUAUGAAGUACAUUAAAAGCAGUAACUACUUCUUAAAGAAUCUUCUCUGGAUAUCGACAGUGAAGAGGGAGAAGCAUGACUCUAAACAUGAACAAGAAAGUUGUCUCGCUGCUUGCUUGAAGUAAAGAGUUUGUGUUCACUGCAUCUUUAUCUCACAAGGCUAAGUGAUGGAGUAGAGUGUAUAGAACCCUUAAUUAACAGUGGAUAGAACUUCAAUUGGAAUUAUCCUAAGGGGUAUGUUCAUAAAGUGCAGAACGCUGCCGUAUGUGGCACUGUAUUUAGUUACAAGGCAUAGCUUAUUUGUAACUGCAGCUGUAUGUAUGUCUAUAUAUAACGUUUAUUCAGUGUAGAAAAGAAAAUGCUUUGUAUUUAAUCUGUUUAGCUCUUGUGCAAUUAUUAAUACUUCACUUUGACAUUGAGAGACAAUGCCUUAAACUGUCAAGUUGAAAACUCCUCCAGUUAUUCUUAUGUGUAUGUAUAUAAACACCAUUUGUUAUUUAUGCAUAAAUGCUGUAGACUACUUUCCUAAUAGCAUGACCUUUACUCAGUGAGAGGAUCCAAGGACUGCUCCAUAUGGAAGGGCAGAACUCUCAAGGGAUAGUCUGUAACUAUAGAACAGUGGUUCUUACAUUGAAGUUUGAUGCUGAACAUAUGACUUCCAUUAUACGCAAAAGAAAAAGAAGAAAGAAGCUCUGAGUACAUUCAUCAAAAAGGGUAAGCAUCCCUUCUUUCCGUCUUUCCUCCCAGAAUGUGUGUGAUACGAGUGAUGUGACCCAAAAUCUGUACGUUGCAGCUUCAACUAUCAUAUUUCCAAAAAAAAAAAAAAAA